UUGGCCAGUAAAAAGGAGAGGACACUGCAGCACGCCUACCGUCAUACGUAUUAUAAGAUGAUCACAUCUCACACACAAGCAUAUCACCUAUGACCCAUCCUAGAGAAUACAGAUGGGAUGACAAGACGACGUUGCACCACUUAUUCAAUUUUCAGUCACUGAAGUGUCGAUGCUGUUCAAGUUUGUGUAGCUGCCUUUUUGUUUGAUUCCUUCAGAACAUUCGCCUUUCUUGUUGCAAUGACAAGAAGCCUCUAGGUGAGGUGAUGCUUGGCUGAAUGGCUGCAUGCCAACCUAUGCAAGAAGGAAAGGAACUGCAGGGGCUGCAGCCGUACGAUGGCUGCGAUCCUUCAGUGUUCGUAGGGCCACUUCUGCUGCCCCGGCAGGCCAGCUCGGCCCCUCCGGCGCCGCCGGCGUUGUCGUCUUCGUCGGGGUCUGGUAGGAGCGCGACGGAGGCGAGGGCUCUGAAGAUCCACAGUGAGGCUGAGCGGCGCCGCCGGGAGAGGAUCAAUGCUCAUCUGACUACGCUUAGGAGGAUGGUCCCUGAUACUAGGCAGAUGGACAAGGCCACCUUGCUUGCGAGAGUGGUAGACCAAGUGAAGCUGCUGAAGAGGGAAGCGAGUGAGGCCACCCAAAGCAUGGCCCUCCCACCGGAGACCAACGAAGUCUCCAUCGAGCUCCACGCCGGCGACAGCGGCGUCGUCGUCGCCGGCACCGACAAGAUGAUCUACAUGAAGGCUUCCAUCAGCUGCGACGACCGGCCGGACCUCAUCGCCGGGCUCAUCCAGGCGUUCCAUGGCCUGAGGCUGAGGACGGUGAGGGCGGACUUGACCUCGUUAGGAGGAAGGGUGCAGCAUGUGUUCGUGCUGUGCAGGGAGGAGGGCUGGGGCAGUGAAGGUGCAAGCCUGAGGUCUCUGAAGGAGGCUCUCAGGCAAGCGUUAGCCAAGGUUGCUUCUCCUGAAAUGGCAUAUGGGAGUAGUCCCUUUCAGAGCAAGAGGCAGAGGAUUCUGGAGUCACAUUACUCGAUUAUGUCCAUAUAGAAGAUUUUUAUUUAACUUCUGGUGAUUUAGGGACUGUUAAAUCCUGUAAGAAAUGGUGGGAAAUUCUUCAGAUUAAGAGUGCUAAUUGUGUUUGUUGCGUAUCAGAAAUGUUGUGUGAUUUGAACGAACCUUGAAGUUCUGAACUGGGGCUAGUGCUGUAAUGAUUGGUCAGGGCCCAGCAGGGUUAGAUGGGGUGUGCUGUAGACAUGUAGUGUGAGGACUGUAUGGAUGCAGAAAUGUUGUUCUGCAAAGUCAGAUGAUUUCGGGGUUUGGGUGAAAAGACGGUGACACCUUUUGAGUUUU